AACCCAAGUAUUAUUGUAUUAAAAGUUUCCCACGCGCCGCUCCGUCGCUUGCACGCGCACCACCUCAGAAGCAUCGAACUAUUUUUUUUUUUCCGCCAAUUGUGAACCAAAACAAAAGCUCCUCUUUCUCUUUGGUCUUCUCCGCGUUGUUGUUAUUUUUUUUUUAAAAGGGUUAUUGUGAUAUCAGAACAUUUCGAUUUGUGAUUCAAUCAAUACUCAGCAAUUUUCACUUCAGCAGAAAAUUUGAUGGUUCAGCAAAUGGGUUUGAGGAAGCUCCGUUCAGACCUUGAAACGGUGCCGGUGAAGUUGGAGAUGGAGGAGCAUGCUCCUCUCGACAAGCGCUUCAAACCUUCACAAGAGCAAUGGAAUGCUUCAAACAGUAAUUCAUUCAGUUCUCCUUCCCAGUACAAUAUACUCGAUGAGCCUAGCCCUCUAGGUUUACGUCUGAGGAAGAGCCCUUCGCUCUUAGAUUUGAUACAACUGAAGCUUUCUCAAGGGAAUAUGUUUAUUGCAAAUACACAAAAUGAAAACUUGAGCUCUGGAUUGAAAAAGGAGAGUCGUGGUGCUGCUGCAUCAGUUUCUGUGGAGAAGCUUAAGGCUUCAAAUUUCCCGGCUUCACUUUUAAGAAUUGGUUCGUGGGAGUAUAAAUCAAAACAUGAGAGUGACCUAGUGGCAAAGUGUUACUUCUCUAAGCAUAAGUUAGUUUGGGAAGUUCUUGAAGGUGAACUAAAGAGCAAAAUGGAAAUCCAAUGGUCAGAUAUAAUGGCACUUAAGGCAAAUUGUCCUGAUACUGAACCUAGCUCGUUGACUGUAGUGCUUGCAAGACAGCCUCUUUUCUUCAGGGAGACUAAUCCUCAGCCUAGAAAGCAUACACUGUGGAAGGCAACAUCAGAUUUUACUGAUGGAGAGGCUAGCAAACACAGGCAGCAUUUUUUGGAAUUUCCGCAAGGGAUGUUAGCCAAGCAUAUUGGAAAGCUCAUCCAAUGUGACAUGCGUCUUAAUUUCUUAAGCCAACAACCUGAGAUAAUUUUGGAUUCACCUCAUUUUGAUACACGAACGGCUGCUUUUGAGAACCUUGAAAAUCCAGACGAUUGUGAUUUACACCUUGUCAAUGGUAAAGGAUCUAUAGCAGCUUGUUUGCAGGACACAGGAUCACCUCGCUCAUCCCUAUCGCCAUCAUUUAAGAUUGAGCACAAUGAUUGUCUUGACAUUACCUUGGAUAGUCUACCUUGUGACGCACCUUCUCCCAGCUCAGGGAGUCCAAGUUCUGAAACUGAUUUCAAGGGCACAAGAAUUUGGGACCAGAUAAAAAUGCCUGGACUCCGCCCUUCUAUGUCAGUGAGUGAUUUUAUUGGUCACAUUGAACACUGCCUUUCCGAACAGACAACUUCCGGGAAUCCAUCUUUUUGUGGUGGAAGAUUGGGGUACCAGGAAAUGCUAGAGGGAAUUGCGCAGCAUCUUCUUAAUGACAAUCAAGUUAUAACUUCUGAUGAAAAAUCACUCAUGUCAAGGGUCAAUUCUCUCUGCUGUCUUCUACAGAGGGAUCCACGUGACAAGGAAAGUGCUGUUGAAGGACCUGAUGAUGGAAAAAAUAUUCAACCUAGCCAUGUUAUUGAAUCAAGGCAGAACAACAAAAUUAAAAUGGAUGUCAAGCCUGCUGAAGAGGACUUUAGAGAUGUUUCUGGUGGCAAGCAAGCACUAGGCAUGUCCAAGAAAGACUCUUUUGGAGAGUUACUUCUUCACCUUCCUCGAAUUGCAUCACUUUCAAAUUUUGUUUAACAUAUCAGAAGACGAUAACGACAGAUAGUUAUUUGAUAUUUGAAAUGAAAAAAAUGGCCAAUAUCAAGGUGUAUAGAGGAUAUGUAGUCUUCGUAGGCAUGAAAAGUUUAAUUUUUACCAUACGAACCAUCAGGAUUUGGAAAAUAUUUUAAUGAAGAAUCCUGGUAGAACCUGUGUAAAAAACUGUAACAGGUAGGUGCUGUAGCACUAUCUCCUGAUCUUUCCAUCCGGGUCUUGUACAAUGUUGUCUGCAUGUAAAUAAAUAAUGUGCUACUAAUAAAAUAUCGGACUUGUGAAUUAGAUACUCUGGUGGCUUUAUCAAGGAUGCCACUUUUUUCUUCUU